AGUGGAAAAAAGGGCAGGCAACAAAACCAAGGUUUUUUACAGCAAAGUGACUCCUGCAAUGUAAAUAACCUUCAGGGAGACAAAGAGGAAUAUCAACAGGUGUGAUGAGACAAAAGAACAAAGGAUGCCUUAGAACCAAGGCUGCCAACACACGUGGAAUCUGCUUCAAAGCACACCAAAUGGAUAUAUCGCUCCUCCACGCUUUCAGAUCAUGAAACACAGCUGAAGCUCCAUAGUCCAUCUUUAUGAUCCCUCCAUCUAUGGCGAACUAUAGCCAUGCAGGGGACCACAACAUCUUGCAGAAUGUCUCUCCUCUCGCCACAUUCCUCAAACUGACCUCCCUGGGGUUCAUCAUUGGCGUCGGCGUCGUGGGAAACCUGCUCAUCUCCAUCCUGCUUGUCAAAGACAAGAGCCUGCACCGGGCCCCCUACUACUUCCUGCUGGACCUGUGCGCCUCGGACAUCCUGCGCUCGGCGAUCUGCUUCCCCUUCGUGUUCACCUCGGUCAAGAAUGGCUCGGCCUGGACGUACGGCACGCUCACCUGCAAAGUGAUCGCCUUCCUGGGCGUGCUCUCGUGCUUCCACACGGCCUUCAUGCUGUUCUGCGUGAGCGUCACGCGCUACCUGGCCAUCGCCCACCACCGCUUCUACACCAAGCGGCUCACCUUCUGGACGUGCCUGGCCGUCAUCUGCAUGGUGUGGACGCUGUCGGUGGCCAUGGCCUUCCCGCCGGUGCUGGACGUGGGGACGUACUCGUUCAUCCGCGAGGAGGACCAGUGCACGUUCCAGCACCGCUCGUUCCGCGCCAACGACUCGCUGGGAUUCAUGCUCCUGCUGGCGCUCAUCCUGCUCGCCACGCAGCUGGUCUACCUCAAGCUCAUCUUCUUCGUGCACGACCGCCGGAAGAUGAAGCCCGUCCAGUUCGUGCCCGCCGUCAGCCAGAACUGGACCUUCCACGGCCCCGGCGCCAGCGGCCAGGCGGCCGCCAACUGGCUGGCCGGCUUCGGGCGCGGGCCCACCCCGCCCACCCUGCUCGGGAUCCGCCAGAACAGCAACGCGGCGGGCCGCCGUCGCCUCCUGGUCCUGGACGAGUUCAAGACGGAGAAGCGCAUCAGCCGGAUGUUCUACAUCAUGACGUUCUUCUUCCUGGCGCUCUGGGGGCCCUACCUGGUGGCGUGCUACUGGCGGGUUUUCGCCGGCGGACCGGUGGUGCCCGCCGGCUACCUGACUGCGGCCGUGUGGAUGAGUUUCGCCCAGGCGGGGGUCAACCCCUUCAUCUGCAUUUUCUCCAAUCGGGAGCUCCGGCGCUGUUUCAGCACCACCUUGCUCUACUGCAGAAAAUCCAGGUUACCUAGGGAACCCUAUUGUGUUAUAUGAAGGCUUUGGGGGGGUUGAUGUUGGAUGUUGUU